AUGAUGCAUUCUAUAUUGCUAAUGAAUUGGCUUGUGGAGACAAAGAGAGGGUUCCCAACUGAGCUUGAAGAUCUUAUUAUGGGUGGCAAAAAUUAUUCAGGACCAUUUUUUGACAAUGUCCCCACUGAUCCGUCUAAGUGGUUUUCUGAUUUUCCUCCACAACCUUUAACAUCAUCAAGUGGUGCAUUUGCCGAUGAACUUGAAAUUCCUUUCCUUGAGACAAGUGCUAAAGAUUCAAUCAAUGUGGAACAGGCUUUCUUAACCAUGGCAGCCGAGAUCAAGAAAAAAAUAGGCAAUCAGCCGACUGCGACAAAAUCUGCAGGAACUGUGCCGAUGAGGGGACAGCCAAUCCAGCAAAAGGCCAACUGCCGUGGUUAG